CUCUUCGACAGCCCUCCUGUAAUCGCGAUUGAAGCCUUCGCCAAAUAUUCUCGCCCGCGAUGCCGACCACGCUAAAGGAAUUCGAGAGCGUGUGGCCCCGCAUUGUCGCCGAUCUCGAGAGCCACUGCAAACAGUACAAACUGCCCCAGCAGUCACUUGAUUGGUUCGUCAAGUCCCUGAACUACAAUACCGUCGGCGGAAAAUGUAAUCGAGGAAUGUCCGUCGUGGACACGUCGUCCAUUCUGCUCAACAAAACCCUUGACCUGUCGUCCGAGGACUACUUCCGCGCCGCGCUGCUCGGCUGGAUGAUUGAGCUCCUUCAAGCCUUCUUCCUUGUGUCAGACGAUAUUAUGGACGCAUCGAAGACGCGCCGCGGCAACCCCUGCUGGUACCUUGCACCCAACGUCGGCAUGGUUGCCAUCAACGACGCCUUCAUGCUGGAAUCCUCCAUCUACCUCCUCCUGAAAAAGCACUUCCGCCAACACCAAGGCUAUAUCGAUAUGGUCGAGCUGUUCCACGAGGUCACCUUCCAGACCGAGCUCGGCCAGCUGUGCGAUCUGCUAACUGCGCCCGAGGACCACGUCGACCUGGACAACUUCAGUCUGGAGAAGUUCACCUUCAUCGUCAUCUUCAAGACCGCCUACUACUCGUUCUACCUCCCCGUUGCUCUGGCUCUCCACUACAUCGGUGCUGCCACACCAAAGAACCUACAAACGUCCCUUGACAUCCUAAUUCCGAUGGGUGAGUACUUCCAGGCCCAGGAUGACUACCUGGACGCCUUUGCGGAUCCAACAGUCCUCGGCAAAAUCGGCACCGACAUUCAAGACAAUAAGUGCUCGUGGCUCAUCAACCAAGCUCUCAAGAGGGUUGACCCGGAACAACGCAAGAUUCUUGAAGAGAACUACGGCCGGAAGAACUCCGAGCAAGAAGCCAAGGUGAAGACGCUGUAUCACGAGCUGAAGCUUCAGGAAUUCUAUCAGCAGUGGGAAGAGGAGCGUGUCGCCGAUUUGAGAGCGAAGAUCGACAAGGUCGAUGAGUCUGAGGGUCUGAAGAAAGACGUCUUUGAGGCAUUUCUCAAGAAGAUCUAUAAGAGGAGCAAAUAAAUGAAGACGAGCGUUUCGGCAACGCGAUGGCGAUUCGGGCAAUUUUUCUCGCGAUCUUGGGGUUCUUGCGGUGCAUAGUCUAGCGCAGGUAUAGUUAUCACCAGCUGUAGGCGAAUAGCUCUUAUGUUCAGUCUAAGCGUCCCGACGCUCAAUCUUCUGUUUCGGGCACUAGGUGAGGGCAUAAUUAAUGUUAGAUAACGCUAGCAACUACUACUAGUCCAAACAUUCUGCCACGAUAAAUCUACACGCAAUUGAGG